UGCCUCUCCAGCCUAAAGCCGCUCCGGCUAAGCAACUCAUCCUCAACGAGUUGGAGGGGUUCGCUUGGAGCAGCAAACACAAGUCGACCACCGGGCACACAAAGAGAACUGAAGAUGUCCACGUACGCGAACUCCGAAUGCCGCCGGGUCAGCCCGUCUGUCCACGGCAACAAGUUCGACACGGCGCACCGCAAGAAGGCAGUGGCCAACAUCUUCGAGAGCGUGAACCAGGACGCGCUGAUGAAGCUCUUCCAGAAAACUGGCGACAUGAAGGCGGAGGAGAGAGUGAGGAGCAUCUUCUCCUACACUAUGGACCCGGAGCAGACGUCCCGGGCCCUGAUGGCUCUGAAGCAGCGCAAGAAGGACAAGUUCCUCCAGAUCGUGGGGAUGGUCCGACAGCUGCUCAACCUGAGAUGACCGGCCGGGUGGAAUCUCUCUCUACGGGCUCGUGUGUGAGCCGAAUGUGAAAACACUCAGUGCUGGGUUAUAGCACUCGUCGCCUGGAAAGGCGCGUCAAGGUGCGCGGAGCGUGUGCCGCCAUGCGCCGCCCGGAGGACUCCGUGCCUCGGCUGUGGCCUCGUGGACGGAGGUGACAGCGGAGAGUCCUGCCCGGAGCGGAUGGCGCGGGAUGGAGCCAGUGGGAAUACGAAGGGCAGCCACGUCUUCCUUUUGAGACUUGAAUUCGUGAAUGCACUCCUGUGGAUGCGUGACCGUGGAGCUGCACCGUGCGCAGUUGCACAUCACCGUGUUGAUUCUGCUGCACAGCUGCAAUAUGAGACUUUAUAGUGUCGAAGAACCUGCCUACAUGAAUGCCUGUCCUGAACACAUGCCUUGUCUCGCAGCUUCUCUUUGUUAUAUGAUCAGAAUUCAUUGGUGGCCACUAAUGUGUUAUUUUCACUGAAAUGUUACAGCACAAUGAUUUAUAAUGUUCCUUUAUUUGUCAUUUUUAAUAAAUUAUUGAACUCUUGUCUACAAAA